AUGGAUGACCUGAUGCACUCCCUCCCAACCUCACAUGCCACCGCCAAGACCUCCACAAUCCAGUGCCUCUCGCCGGCGGGUGGAGCCGGCCUGUUCCAGUACGGCGCGUCGCACAACGUUGCGGAGGUCGGGUCGGCGGACUACAUCGCCUGCUCCGCCACCAACUCCAUCCAGUCGUACAGCGACCAGGAGAGCAAGAUCAAUCUUACCAAGCCCGACGCACGCUACUUCUUCUGCAGCACCUCAGGCCACUGCGCCGGCGGCGUGAAGCUCCACGGCGCCUGCUGCGACGCUGGCCGCGCUGUCGGAGACACCCUCGGAGAUUAG